UUGUUGGCGUGGCAGUGCGCGCUGACGACGCGCGCGUACGGGCUGUGCGAGGACGGGCCGGGGGAGGAGAUCGGGGAAGGAGACGAGAUCGCGACGUACACGGAGUGGAGCCUGCCGUGUGUGGAUUUUGAGGGCGCGUGGGAGUCUUUGAUUUUCGACGACGACGAGGUGAAGACGCGACUGCUGCGGUACGCGACGGCGGCGCUGUUGUUCGGUGAACGCGGCGUGGACGCGCAGCUCAUCUCGUGGAAUCGCGUGGUGUUGUUGCAUGGACCGCCGGGGACGGGGAAGACGACGAUGUGUAAGGCGUUGGCGCAGCGGUUGUCCAUCAGGUUUAAUCAUAUAUACUCGAGCAGCGUGUUGGUGGAGGUGAACGCGCAUUCGCUCUUCAGUCGUUGGUUUAGCGAGAGCGGAAAGUUGGUGAGUAAACUGUUCGGUAAGAUACAAGAGUUAUUAGAAGACGAAGAUUCUUUGGUUUUCGUGCUCGUCGAUGAAGUCGAAAGUCUGGCUGCGGCGAGAAAGAGUGCGGCGAACGGUUCGGAACCCAGCGACGCGAUUCGCGUCGUCAACGCUCUGCUCACGCAGCUUGACGCGCUGAAGUCUAGACCGAACGCCAUCGUGCUAACGACGAGCAACAUCACCGAAGCGAUCGAUCUAGCGUUUGUCGAUCGCGCGGAUAUCAAAUGCUACAUCGGCCCGCCCGGCAUGCGAGCGAGGUACGAGAUUUUGCGCUCCUGCGUGCUUGAGCUCAUUCGUCGCGAUUUGGUGCAGGGCGCUGAGCCGAUGGAAUUCGACGAUGGUGUCGCGAAAGGUUGCCCGGUGUCGCUGACUUUGCGCGAAGCUGCCGAAGCUUGCGACGGACUGAGCGGUCGCGCUCUCAGAAAGCUCCCGUUUUUGGCGUACAGCACCGUC